AUGAAAUGGAUUUUUCUGGAAGCUGGUCAUGGCAAAGGAGUCGCCGACGCAGUAGGCGCGGCUCUCAAACGAAAAUUUGAUGAAACUAUUGCCUUUGAUUCAGAUAAUAGUAACGACAAUGCUAUGAAUCUAAUCAAUGCUGUCGAAAAUCAUACUGAAAUCAAACUAUUUCUCUACGAUAGUGAUGACAUUAAAGCUGUAAAAGACUCCAUUCCAGCUAUUCGUACAGUGAAAGGGACAGCAUCAUUUCAUGAAGUUUUUGUUACAGAAGACGGUGCUUUGUAUGCUAAGAAUCUCUCUAAUGAGAAAGAGAGGUUGCUGAAAACUGUGAUUAAAAAAUGA